AUGCCUGCGGCUUGGAAGACAAACUUCCUUGCAGCCUCAUGGCUAGCAUCAGCCCUUGCAGGUGCUGAGCCUUUACAACCUACCACAUCUUUGACUUCAGAGGUUGCUCAAUUGUCUCACCCAACCUAUCCCAAAGGCCACGAUGAGCAACACCUGGCUAAACUGGUCAUCCUUCGACAAGUAGACAUUCAAGUGCCGGGAAUUCAGAAUACGCCUCUGCCGCUUCCUAUUCCAGUUGAGGUCGAGGUUACGGUAGAGACGAAUGCGCCAGCUGCUCAGACUGACACUGGUGCGCCGGUUCCUGAUGCUCAGGAAACUGAGGCUCCGGUAGAGACUAAGGAGCCGGCUGUUGAGACUGAACCCGCUGGUCCUGCUGAGACUGUUGCUCCGGGCCCUGAUACUCAACAGCCAGAGAUUCCUCCUGAGACAGUGGAACCUCCUGUUGAGACUGAUGCACCACCUGCUGAGACCAAUGAGCCUCCUGUUGCGACAGUUGAUCCUCCCGUCGAGACCGUUGAGCCUCCAGUCGAGACCAAUGAUCCUCCUGUUGAGACUGUUGCUCCAGUUCCUGACCCCCAGGAGACAAAAGCACCAGCAGAAACGGAAGCACCAGCUGAUCCAGCUGAGACCGUUGCGCCUAUCCCUGAUACUAAGGCGCCAGACGGUCCCGCGGAGACUGAAGCACCUCCAGCUGAGAUUAACGAGCCCCCUGCUGAGACCGUCGAGCCUCCCGCAGAGACUCUCGUUGAAACUCCCGCUCAGACUAACGAGCCCCCUGUUGAGACUGCCGUUGAACCUCCCCCCGAGACAAACCAGCCUCCUGUCGAGACUCAAGAGCCAGAGAUUCCUCCUGAGACCAACGUCCCCCCUUCACCUACCGAGACCAAUGACCCUCCCGCUGAGACCGAACUGCCUGCUCCUCCUCCCACAGUAGGACCUGAGAACCCAGAGCAGACAGUCAGCCCUGAGGAGCCCAAGACUUCAGAUGCACCUGUUGUUCCUCCCAUCCCAGUCCCUGACACUCCUGAGGAACCCGACAAGCCGGAGAAGCCCGAAGAGCCUGAGAAACCCGAUGGACCGGAGGAACCUGAGAAGCCUGACGGUCCUGUCAUCCCGAUCCCUAUUCCUCUUCCUAACCUCCCUGAUCUUCCUGAUAUUCCUGGUCUUCCCAAGCCUCCCAAACCGGAUACUCCUAGUCCUCCUAAGCCUGACGACCCCAAGCCCCCCAAGCCCGAUGAUCCUAAGGACCCCGAAGACCCCAAAGACCCCGAUCCAGAGGACCCUGAAGAUCCAGACGUCCCCGUCCCUCCCGAGAACCCAGAUGAGCCAGACGACUGCGAGGAGCAAGACCCCUCGCCAUGCACAGAGACUGUGUCUUUCUACUCCGCGCACGAAACUUACACCAGCACUGUCUACGUAACAUGUCCCGCCCCCGUCGACUGCCCCGCGAAGGAGACCCCAACCAUCACCACAAGCAUCUACCCCGAAGAGUCCAUUAUCUGGGGCACCGUGCCCGAAUACAACGAAGCCAUGCCCACAGGCACCGACGACAUCGACGACGAGACCAAUAAGUACUUCCAGCAGUUCUUCGACGACGAGAACAUCUCUAUUAAUGACGCUCUGCACCCUGAUGUCAAGUGUGAGGAGAAGAGCAACGAUGAUGUUCCCCGUGAUUGCUUCAUGGAUAUUUACUCAAAGUUCUGCAGAGAAGUCUUUGAAGAUGAGGGCAAGGAGCUGAACAAGAACCUCACCAGUGCGGAUAUCGAUAGUGGUUCUCCUGAGAAGCGUGUGUCCUUGAACAUGAGGAGACAGUUGAUUCGGGAACGUGCUGAGGCUUGCGAGGGCUGGGUCUUUGAGUAUAACUGGAGUGGCGCAAAUGGUGACUGCAAGCUGCCGUGUGGUGACUCCAUGUACGCUUUCGGCGACGAGUGCUUUGACUCUGAAGAGACCUACCUCCAGGGUACUAUCGAUGUUGGCUGUGGUACAUAUAAGUACACCGCCAGACCUACGACAACAACAACAGAACCACCCAUCGUGAUCACUGCUCUCCCUACGCUCACAGACCUGCCUGGACCCAUCUCAACUCCGGACGGCAGCUCAUGCGCUGAGACAGCAACUAACACGCAGUGUGCCCUCGGCGGCGGCGGCAGAGGACCAGCUUGUGUUGAGAACACAUACUGUGCCUCAUGGGUGUCAACCGAACCAACCGAGGCACCAGCACCCCCAGAGGAGGUAAUCACACCUCUCGAGGAAGGCCCCGUCUUCUGCAAGAACCCAGGCGGCGGCCACCGAGACGUCAACCCCGGUUCGCAGCGUACCCUUGCGGAUCACUUCUGCGAGGCUGACCUGCUCGACACAUCCAUCAUCAAAGUCGAGCCCGGCAUGGAACCCUUCGGCUCCACCAAGCAGGACAACCACGGCGUUAACUACUGCUACGAAGUCAAGUGGGUUGACGGAUGUAAGACGACUGUGGAUGGACAGGACCCGUCGUUCCCUCUUGGAGGAAGGGAUCCAAGUUGUCAGGAUCUGUUUGUGAGAGCGUUCAAGAACUGUGAUAAUGGCGGUAUCGGUGGAUAUAUCGACGCUGGUUGUGUUCGUUACACAUUCCUCGGUGCGCAAGACUAA